CAUUAGUAAACGUAGCCUAUUAUUUUUGAGACUAAUCUGGCUCCAUAGUUGCUGCUGCAGUUUUAGGUGAGGUUUCAGUGGCGCAUGAAUUCACUGGGGGAAAUGUUUGGCUCCGUAUCCCUGCACUGUCCAGCUUGCAUUUUAUCUUCAUCCUCGGGAACUUCCCUUUAUGUGUAAGGAAAGCACUUGACACAUCUGCGCCGCUAGGAGGCGUAAUAUUUGACUUGCUAAGCGCAGCAUCGACGCAGUGCUUCACCAGCGCGCCUGUUCAUUAAGGUGCUCAAUUACAGCAAACAAGAACAAGAAAGCCUUGCCUGGAAACAGCACCGCAGUCAUGGAAGCCUCAACAGGAUCAUACACACAUUUUGACCAGAGUGCCUUUCAUUAUGAUUAUGAGACGUUGCGGACCACGGGGGUCAUCCUAGCUGUGGUUAUGUUUGUAAGUGGGAUCCUUAUCGCACUGAAUCUAGUCCAGUGGAAGGCCCUCCGAAGACAGAAGUUCCCCCUCAAACAGUGUAAAGCGGAUGGCGGAUCAGAGCGGCCCAUUUCAGCGAGAGGAAAUGUUCAGACGCACAAGGUUACUUACAGGAAUGAGAGAGAAAGCAGAACCUGCUUGACCUCUUUUUGUAACCUCAGUCUAAAUGCUGAUCUACUGCUGUAUUUUUAGCUCUUUUGUCCCACAAUUCACCACACACCUCAGCUGAUCGCAAUUGUUUUACUUACGCAUGAAUAAUUAGCUUUAAUUACUAUUAUAUGAGGCCUAGAUUAAAUACAUUGUUGAUGAAAUAUUUAUGGCAACCAAGAUUAAUGAUUGAAAUAUAACAGCAGAUUGUUUAAAGUUUACAUAAAUAAUAUGAAAAUGAAAUUUAUACUUGUUUACAUUUAAAAAGCAAAUUCGCAAGACUUAAGCAUGAAAUUACACAGUUGCGUGUCAAACCUGUGUAACUUGUGCAUGCCAGGUUGCAACACACUGUAAGACAACUGUGUAACAUUCUAAUCAUUUAAAAUGCAUUAUAAAGUAACUUUAUUAUUUGAAUUUUUAACUUUUCUGUAACUUAUUAACAGUAAAACCUUUAAAAACAACAUGUAAAGCAAAGAUAUUCUCUGUUUACACAUUUAUUAGAUCAGUAAAAACAUAAUUAUUAUGCAACUUGACAUAACGUUGAGGGCUAAGGUAGAAAAAAAUAAGUCUUGCCUUAAGAACUAAUGGUGCAACUGAAUCGAAUACAGAAUUACCAACAAACUAGCUACUGAUGGAACUACAUCACAAUUUAAGAAAACCUCAUGAGGGUCUGGAGAAAUGCCCAUUCAGCGCAUGAAUAUUUGAAUGAAUUCCAGCGAUGAAAGCACUUUAAAAAGUAAUGUUUAGUUACUGAAUAUCAAUUGAACUGCAACUGAAUGUAUGCAUUUAUGUAUGCGUGUAUGUAUGUGUCUCACAAAUGAAUCAAGAAGCAUCUGUAUACAUUUGAAAUAAUGAAUCACUACUCUUUUCAGUCAGCAUGUUUUUAAAAGAAUGCUUAAUAACUCUUUCAGUCAGUCAUGGUGUGUGUCCGUGCGUGUUUGUCUUGAAGUGAAUUAAAUGAGUACAACUAAACAUUCACAUCAGUCAUAAUGAAGAACUGAAUACAACUACUGUGUGUAAAUGUAUUUUAUUAGUCACCCAAACUUUAGUCAUGUACCAAAGGCAUUCGGCUCAAUAAAACAUACUGAGUUACAGAGA